AUGCCGCCAGACCGCACACAGACGACGACAGGAACCGCACAGCGAUUCUCCGACGCAAUCGCAUCCGGCCAACCGCUCAGCAGUGUCGGACCUGGCCAUGCACCCUCGCUCGAGAGGGGAAAGGCCUGCCAGACAUGCAGGAGGAGGCGCGUCAAGUGCGACGGCGUCAAGCCUGUGUGCGGACGAUGCGCCAAGUCGGCCCGUGUGCACGGCGAAGACCCGGACUCCUUCACCUGCGUCUACGACGCCCCCGGCCGCGCUCGCGCACCUAGCAAAUCCACCUCCGAUAAAGCCGGGGACGCGAGCGGGAAGGGCAAGGGGAAUGAGAGUGCAGCGGUGGAUCCGGAGGUGGUGGCGAGUUUGGCCAGGCAGGUUGCCGACUUGAAGGAACAGCUUGCGCGGCAGAACGGCGGCUCGAUCCCAUCCUCCGCUCCGCCCCAACAGCAGCAGUCCUUCGUCUCGCAACCCACCUCGCACGCCUACCCGACAGCAAGCACCUCGGCCUUCACCCUCGACCACCAGCAUCACCGCGACCCGCUUGCUCUCCUCGCCGAAUCCUCCUCGCUCGCCAUGCCAACGCAACAGCAGCAGCAGCAGCAGUCGCUCCCGUUUUUCUCGACAGGCGCGAAUGCGGCGACGUCUGCGGCGCCGACCUCGUCGUUCGCUAUGCCCUCUCUCGCAACGCAGGCUCAUGACGUGCCGGUCGCGUCGACACCGCAGUACUGGGCAGCCGCAACGACGCCUACGCAGUCCUCGUCGACUAGCGCGCCUCAACCCGCUGCCUCAACUUUCGCCGCCGCUUUCGACUUCAGCCAACUCGAUGGACUCGGCAGCCUUUCUUGGGACGGACCAGUCGACCUCACCCUCUCCGGCUACCCAAGCGACCUCCCCUCUCCCUCUCUCCUCCGUCGACUUGUGGACGUCUACUUCUCGAAACCUCACCUGGCGACGGGGCUCAUCAACGAGGCUCGCUUCCGAGCGAGCAUGACCUACCCACCUGACGACCCUCGUGCGCCCAUCCCCUGCCUCUUGCACGCCAUGAUCGCCACAGCAGCAAUGAUGGUCGCCGAAGACUCGUUCUUCGCUUCCGAGUCGUACCGCUACUGGGACCUCGACGGCUCCGGCACCUCGUUGUGCGACUACCACGCCGUACGCGCCGAAUCACUCCUCAACCCCUCACUCAAGCAGGGCCGCCAGCUCCUCCAGAUCGUACAAGCGAGCGUACUGUGCUGCUUUUGCGCCUAUACCAGCGCGAGGUUCGCGGACAUUUGGCUGCUGUCGGCCCAGUCGAGCAGGUUGGCGAUUUGUGUUGGCCUCAACCAGAUUCGGUUGCCUGGAAUGGCGGGAGGAGCGGGGUCGUAUGCGUCGCCGGCAGGUGCGACACCCGAUUCGGCGUCUGGAGGAGGAUGGACGCCUCAUUCGGCGUUGCCGAAGAAGCGGCAGACGACGAGCAGGCUCAAGGACAAGUCGAUGCUCCCGCCGACGACCGAUCCGGACGAGUUGGCCGAGCGGUCGUCCGUCUUCUAUUUCGUCUUUGGGCAGGAUCGGAUGACGAGCGCUGCGACGGGCUGGGCGCCGGUCUUGUCCGAGGAGGACAUCACGACACUUUUGCCGCACCCGCCUGGAGCGCCCGACACGAGCGACGACCUCCUCGCCUCGCCUCUCUGCAUUCACAAUCCCUCCUUCUUCUUCGCCAACCCGCCGCACCUCGUCCGCAGCCACCAGCUCUGCUUCAAAGUAUUCGUCCUCCUUGGUCGCGUUACGAGGUUCUUACAGCGCGCGCCGGAGCCGGUCGGGAGCGGGUAUCCUCUGUCACAUGGGCAGGACUUGCGCGAGACCUCCGCCUACCAGAAUCUUGAACGCACCAUCUCGCACUUCCGCAUGUCCAUCCCGCGCGAACUCCAGCACUCGUACUACACCUCUCCAGCCUUCGAAAACGUCCAGCUCUUCGUCUUCACCCUCCUCCACGUCUGUACCAUCCUCAUGCACGAGCCGUUCUGCCUCUCGCCCAGCACGUCGGAGGAGGAUGAUAGCUUCAAGAAGUGUCUCGAGGCGGCUAAGGCGAUCGUGUCGAGCGUGCACGAGUUGGCGGGCUCUUCGUUCGAGGCGGGCUUGCUGUUCAGCUUCCAGAACUGGAUGUGGGCUGUCGCUGGUCGCGCCCUCAUCCGCGCCCUCGCCCUCGCCUCUCGCCGCGGCGACUUGACCCUGGCCGCCGAGCGCGCCAACGACGUCAAAGCCCUGAUUCGUGCACAACAAGCGAACAAGUCAGCCGUCGGAUCCGUCACCGCCCUCAUCCUCCAGCGCCUGCUCGCCGACCCCUUCAUCGUCCUGAACGAGUCCUUCUCCGGCUCGUCCGCCGCCGACGACUUGCACUCCAGCACGCCCUUCCCGCCCUCCCGUGCCGAGAAGCGCGAGCUCGCGAACGUGUGGGAGAUCCUCGAGGGUGACAAUGCUCAGCCGUUUGGCGACGUUCUCGCUGCGGCAGCAAUGACGCAGGCGGAGUUGGAGAAGUCGGAGCGGGAGGAGGCGAAUCUCGACGAGCUUGCGCGAGCGGUUCUCAACGAGGCGGCGCAAGGGAAGUGGAACGGUUCGUCUAUGUAA